UCCCGCGAGCGGGUCCGCGGAGCGCAGCGAGGAAGAACAGACUUUAGUGAUGGAGCAGGACACGAGGGCGGGCUGGAACGGGUUGACUUGCUCUCGUCAGUAAAUCACUGAGCUUCUUCUUUUAAUCGGAUCCGCAGCAACUGCGUUUAUUUCCUCAGACGCGUUUAUCCACAGCGCCUUGGAUAAAAAGGUGUAGCCGUUCGCUUUUGACCAGAACGCCGUAACUUGAGCACACGAGGCUGAAAUAAUGAGCACAUUAUGAAUUUCUCAAGCAUCUUCGUCACGUUUGGACCCCCAGCUCUCGUAAACGCGUCCCACUGGAGCUCCAGCAGCCACAACAACAGCGCUCCUCGCGCUCCUCGCCCUCCUCCUCCUCUUCCUCACCUUCCUCUUCGUCCUUCUGUGGACGUCCUGUUCUCCGGGCGCGAGCCGGGCACCGUCCUCCUCGCGCUCAUGUACGUGGCCUCCUUCAUCACGGGCCUGGCUGGGAACGUCACAGCUCUGCUGGCGCUCGGCAGCAGGAGAUGGAGGAGCAGGAUAAAGCUGAUGAAGAUGAGGAGCGCGUCGUCGGCCACCAGGCGCCUCCUGGCCAACCUGGCUGCGUGCGACACGCUGGUGGUGUGCGUGUGCAUGCCGGCCAACCUGGUCCACCACGUGCACCGCGCCUGGCCUUUCGGUGAGCCGCUGUGCCGCGCAGUUCCCUUCGUGCAGGCCGUGUCCGUGGCGGCCAGCGUGCUGAGCCUGGCCGCGCUGGGCCUCAGCCGCUACUGCGGCGUGCACAGCCCGCUGCGCGCGCGUCACGCCUUCACGGGAGCGCGCGUGGGCGCCGUCAUCGUCGCCGUGUGGGCCGUGUCGUCCGGCCUGUGUCUGCCCCUGCUCUUCACCAAUGAGACGCGCACGCUCGAGCUUCCCGACGGCGCGCGCUCCGUGACCCUGUGCGUGGAGCGCUGGUCCGAGGUCAGGCUGCGCCAGGGCUACAACUUCCUUCUCUUCUGCGCGCUCUACGCUUUCCCCGUGCUCUUCAACCUCGUCAUCUGCUCGCUGACCGUGCGCAAGCUCUGGGGGGCCAAGGGCGAGCCCGGGGCAUUUGGCUUCGCGCGCUCGGGCGCGCGCCUGGAGACGCGUAAGAGGAUCGCCAAGAUGGUGCUGGCGCUCGUGCUGCUCUUCACCUUCUCGUGGCUCCCUCUGUACGUGGUGGACAUCUGGCUCGACUUCCACAUGCCCGAGGACAGUUGGCGCGUGCCGGAGCGCGUGGAGCACGAAUGGAUCCUGCAGGGCCGGCCGUUCGCGCAGUGGCUCGGACUGACCAAUUCUGCGCUCAAUCCGCUGUGCUACUGCUUCGUGGGCGAGCUCAGGCGCUCCGCCCGGAGACUGACCGCCAGCUACAGAGAGAGAGUGACCAGUCUGUUCGUAAAGGCCAGGAGCUCGUAGAGCAAGAACGGCUGUGGAAGUGACCGUGUGACGCUUGGGAUGAAGGGUCUGGACGUAGCGGAGUAUUAAAUGUCUGCAUAAUUAAAGGGGAACUCAUAAUUCAGUGGUUGAGAUGUAAACACAGUUUGUCAGGAGUUUGCCUCAGAUCAAAGUCCAGCUCUUGAUGUCUAUGGAAAUGUUUUAAUGCAAUUCUUUUGAGCUCCAUUGGAAUUGAAUUGUCUUUGGAUCCGUGUAAACGGGUUUCAUUCAUUUAAAUAUUUCAUUGAUUAUUAUUUUUUGUCCAUUUUACAUAAACCGGUUACUUCAGGACAACACAGUUCUUUUGUUUAGUGUUAGUGGACCUUCACUAACGUGUCACGAGUUUCUCUAAUACUGAGUGCAACUGUUUCAUCUGAAAAACGUUCUUUGGAGACUAUUUUGCGUGCAACUUUCUACACAUAGAUUUCCACCAUUAAUGGACUGAAAGUUCUGUUUUACAUCAAAAGCCUCCCCUGUAACUGUCGGGAAUCAUCAGGAAGCAUAUCCAUACGAAUGCCAAGUAAUAACCUUUAAAAGGGAGCUUUUAGAGGUGACUCAGUAAGUUGCUCUGCAACAGAUCUGUUCACAUCCAACUGCUCUGAAUGACUUUGUUUACAUCUUAACCGUUUAAUAAUGCAGACAUUUUGGAAAGUUGGUGGAGUCACAGAUUUCAAAGAGUCAUUGUGGAGAAACCAGAAGGAACCAGACGUCUGAGGAGUUUUUAAAAGCUUCCUCACAGACAGCAAAUACAAUGCUUGCAAAUAAGAUGUUUUGCAAAUGUUUUGAGUAUAUGAAUAUUCAAUUUCUAUAUUUGCAUUGUAAGCAUUCCCGACACAUGAUUCAUUUCAGCACCACUGAGUCUAUAAGUUCCUCUAUAAUGAACCGCUUCACAUCAAACCACUGUAAAUGACUGAAUUGGUAGAAUUAUGCAGACAUUUUAUUCCCCUUUAAUACAGUUCAUUUAACCUUUAAAACAGUGCUGAACACUAAUAGGAUGAACUAAGCAAAUUCAGUUCAAUUUAAAACAUGUCAGGAGUUUACGUCCAGGUCACUGUAUCUCUGUAACCAAUUUUCAUAAAACAAGUUUUUGGAACUGCAGCUGAUGAUAAGGAAAAACAGUGUUCAUCAGGAGGGUGAGCGGGGCGGGCAGGUGGCUCCAACGUCUAAAUGCAGUUCAGCCUAUGAACAUGAGGCCAGUGAAACUGCUGAAUAACAAACACCAUCAUGGUAAUUCUUUAUAAUAGCUACAUUUGUUAGACCUCUUACAGUCCAAGAGCAAUGCAGCAUUUCACCUGCUGACUCACUUAUGCUGAACUCAAAAGCGCAGUCAUACGCAAGAGUCACGUUUAUUUACAAAUGUCAGAAAUUAAUACAUUUAAAUGUGGCAUUGUUUUGACAAUUUUAUUUAUAUGUUGCGCAUAACAUAUUGGAAAAAAUGACAUAGAAAAUAUCAAAUGUGCCUUUACUUUUG